AUGUCGACGAGAGAAUCUUGCAUCGUUGCCUUGCAGGGCUCCGAGUUGGAGGCAGAGCCAGAGCCUUCCAUGGUGAACGCAACGAGUGGCCGUGAUGACGACGGGAGGGCACCAGGGUUGGCAACAAGGGACCAGAAAGUCACCAAGGCCGUGCAGCACCGCUUCACAGUCUACACAGCACGAUCACGAUCUGCAACGGUAAGAAGGACGAGGACCUUCGACCACAACAGCCCUUUGACAUGGUACAUGAGCAUGCUUACAAACACUUACAGUUUCAGCACAGAUCCAAUCCUCUCCUCGCAAGUCAUACGCGAAUCGAACUCGUGCUUGUUAAUGUCUGGACCCAAGAGUGAUCCACGGCGCAAACCCGAGCGCGAGGCCGAAGGACCUUUCAGGGAAGUCAGCAUGUCUUCCAGCGUCGCGCAAGGCGCUCAGUCUGGGCAGCCGUGCCUUCGCAACCGCUCCUCUUCCGUCAGCAAGGCUGUCAAUCAAGUGAGCACCUAUGCGGACAAGGCCGAUGCAUCGUCCUCAGAUAUGCAGGCGCAGAAAGCCAAGGGCCGCAAGGCCUCCUCGGGAAUCCUUUCUGACUUGGUCACCUUGCGGUGGAUGAUUGACCCAGUCGCCUCCCUUAAGAUCACCGGCGUCAUCGUCGCUUUGUGGGCUGUCGUGUCCGUUCUUGCUCCCCACCGACCAAAUCCGUUCUCGCGACUGCUCUUCAUCUCCCACCGCGUCCCCGUCACGCAAGUGAUACUCGCAGAACCAAAGGCCGCGCUGUCCGGCGACACUAUGCGGUACCAAAAGGGCUGGUAUGACUUGAGCUUCAUCGCUUUCUACAUCAUCGUCUUUUCUUUCAUCCGCCAGUCCAUCACGCUCUGGGUCUUCAAGCCCUUUGCACUGUGGUGGGGGAUCAAGAAUGAGACGAAGCAGACGCGCCUUAUGGAACAAGGAUAUGCCUUUUGCUACUGGGGCUCCUUUGGUCUGUUGGGCUUAUAUGUCAUGAAGUCUCAGGACAACUGGUGGUACCAACUCGAGCAUCUGUGGCUCAAGUACCCACACUGGCAAAUGCGCCCUGAGCUCAAGUACUAUUACCUUCUGCAGCUCAGCUACUGGCUGCAACAGGCAUUCGUCAUGCUCUUGCGCCUCGAAAAGCCACGCAAAGACUACUAUGAGCUGGUCGCCCAUCAUCUCGUCACGCUCUGGCUCAUCGGUUGGUCGUACUUAAUCAACAUGACCAUGAUCGGCACGACUGUUUUUGUCUGCAUGGACAUCCCAGACACUUGGCUCGCCAUGUCCAAGUUCGUCAACUAUCUCGGCCUCGACAACAUUACCACGCCCAUCUUCGCGACGUUCAUCGCUAUCUGGACGUACUUCCGCAUCUACCUCUCUGCUCGGACGCUGUGGAGCGUGUGGUUCCAAUUCGAUCUGAUCCCAGCCCACACGCGCGAAUGGAACCCUGCAAAGGGCUGGUGGCUCGCUCCCUGGAUGAGGUACCAGAUCUUUGCUCCGCUCUUCCUCCUCCUGCUCUUGAACCUCUUCUGGUAUUACCUCAUGUGGCGCAUCGCGAUGCGCACCCUCCGCGGCAUCUACAAGGAUGAAAGAGAGGAGGGCGAGUAUGAAGAUGAAGAGGAGGAUGCUAGCACUGCGGGAAAGAAGAAGGCAGAGGCUUCAGUCGAGAUGAAGCGGUGACCAGCCUGGUUGACUAGAGCCACGAGGGAACUGUUUGCAGUUGCAUAGACUGGCUUUCUCAAAAGCAAAACAACAGAAGAUAAUGAAUACAAUUUUGCCAGCG